AUGGAGAAUGCUCGAGUUCCGUGGCAACAAAACAGGAACAUUCUAUUGCCGUAUGUCGUCAAGUACAGCGACCCGAGCAAAUAUCUUCGAUGCUCCAAUUGCCACGAAGUUCUUAUGACGGUCCAGCUCGGCAUUUGGGUGACUUCUCAAGACUAUCCCAACUGGUACCAUCAGGAUUGCUUUUGGUCCUAUAUUGGGCAAGGAAAUCACCAAAUUUCGAUCGAUUUAGUCUAUGGCAUUGACACGAUCAGAAAGUCCGAUCAGGUUAGCGUAAUUUAGUCAUUCCGUUUUUGACAUCAGACUUUUGUACUUUUCAGAAACUUCUGCUCGAGAAAAUGUCGGAGUACGAACGAAAAAAGAGAACGUGUGCUCUAGGAACACAGGUGAUCAACGCUUUCAAGUCUAUGCUUACCUAUGUAUUUUCUCUUUUACAGUACUUUGCAAGCGCAGUCGGAAAGAACGCGGAAACGAGCGAAGUGGCUCUCCCUGAAAAAUUCACUCUUCUGAUGGACAAGUUGCGGAUUGAACAAACGAAACAAACACGGUGAGUUCUUAUAUAUUGAGAAAAACGCUUGUAUUUCCUUAAAACACAUGCGAUUUCAGAUACGAGUUUUGUUUUGUGUGCAAAUUACAUAUUGUGAAUGACGACGUGAUCAUCGUCACGGAAGGGCAUAACUUUCAUGCUUUUUGUGCAUUUGAAAGAGCGUGUCACAUCUCAGGAAACCUCGACGAAGCGGAGGGUUUCCAAAACUUAACCAUUCAAAAGAAACAAUCACUAACAGAAGCCUUCAACAUCAGUCUUCAAAAAAUUCUAGCGUUUCCAAAACCAUUGUAAGCUCUUCACAAUAACUUGACAUGACAAUUGCAUUCUUUAAGACCAAUCAACGUGAAAUCUAUCGGAAGCAAAAUCAACGAUAUGGUGGUUUUGUCGACUUCCUCAAUUUUCGAAUGGAACCAAGGAGACAAUGAAGAUAGCAAAUGCUCUCUGUGCGCGAACAAAUUUGAAAAUAAGGCGGUUGUGUUAUCUCACAACUGCGGAUACACUCACUCAAGAUGCUUGUUCACGCACGGAGCAACGAUCUUCGAUCCUCUGAAAUCCGCGAUCGGAUGGGACAAUUUGCCUACCGAGGUGCAGAUGAAGGUCAUGCUGGAGUUCAACCUUGCUCUUCUCACCUCCGAAACGAAGGCCAUGACGUUCCGGAGUUCAGUGGCCGCAGAAAAUGCGAAUCGAAAACGAGCGGGUGGAACGCUGUCAGAUGAAAGUGAGAAUGCGACCAAGAGUGUCGGAACUCUUGUCAUGGACACACCGCUCGACGACACAGCAUCACAGGUGAGUAGUAGGUAUCUGAAAAGUGCACGGCCACCAAAAGUGUAGAUAGGAGAGCGGCCUAGAAUGAGACGCGUUUUGAGAAAACUGCAAGUUUUUGACAAAAGCCUAAAGAUAGGGUAAAAAUGUGAAAGUUGCGCUAAAAUAAUGGCUCAACGUGCACGCUAGGCCACGACCCUCCCUACACUUUUGAUCGCCGUGAAGCAGGUUAAUUGUCUUCCAUUUUAGAGUCAAGGGGACUUACUUCAUGCUCAUCGCACAUGCUUCUCGGAAUUGAGUGAGGAUAGUAUCAAAGUGAUUCUAAACAAUAAGCAGCAGUCCCUGAAAAGCGAUUCGGAUGUAAGAACCCAAAACCCUCAAAAUUAACACACCUCCAAUCAUUUCAGCUUGUAGAACGUCUCGUGGACAUCACCGUGUUAGGAACACCUCUCCCAUGUCCGAAAUGUAACGGCAUACUGAGUUGGAUGACCUCCAGAAGAAGCUACGUUUGCCACGGCCAUAUCACUCAAUUCACCCUGUGCGGAUUUUCUACUAAAAAUCCGGAUCGGAAACCGAUUGUCCUUUACAACCAAUUUGCACCUAAAAAAACAUCCCAAGGCCUUAGAUCUGAAGUAAGACCUGAAGACCAGCCAGCUUUGUUCUAAUCGCAUGAUUUCAGAUUUUCAGAAAACGACUCUACGUGGAAGAUGGAAAAGAUGAAGUCUUGCAUGGAAUUCCCGUCGCACCGCAUGAGCUGACCAAACUUGCAACACUCGAGGAGGAGUGUCGGAUUAUCGGUAAGCUUACACUCACUUGUGUUGAUCCCAUUCAUUCCAUCGUUUUUCAGCGAAGAAUCCGUACUCGACAAAGAAAUACCUUCUGAAAGAUGGGUUCGGAGUGCCGAGCGACUUCCUCCACGCGGACCGCUACAAUCUUCUGAGGGACGACGACGGAACACCGUACGAAGCGAAUCUCAUGAAUGUUGAAGUACAAAUCAACUGCAACUCAAACAUCAAGUUGUCCAUACUAAAACAUGAUCUCGAAUCACAAUACGUUGUGAUAGAAACACUUUCGAGAAUGGGAACCAAGCUGUCAAAGAAUCAGAAAAAAAAUUUCACGGAUCGGAACGAUGCAAUCCUAAGCUUUACCGUGACGUUCUUUUGUUUGACCAGAAAUCUUUGGGAGAACCGGAAGGCAUUCAAAAAAAUCGCUGACGCUUUUUUCUACAUACAGCCGAAGAUAAAUUGCCAUGUAAGUUGAAAUCCCAUUCAAUUUCAUUUAUUGACAUGUUUCAGUGCCCUGAAAGAUCAGCUCAUCUCACGACUGAACGACCGAAUCUACGGAAGAUAGGGGAAAUAGAGUAUCUUCAAGAAAAUAUAUCUGACAAGCAAAAAACGAAAGCCGCAAAUGUCCUUCAAAAUUUAAUGAAUAAAAUUCUAUCGGGAACAGUGUGCGAUAUGGAUCUGAUUGACGCCACCAACCGAUUCUACUCGAUGCUUCCAACGUGCACCGGCUUCGACCCACUCCAGAUUCUGCCCAACGACGUCAGCAAAUUGAUGGUUGGUGAUUCGUAAAUGUCAUCGGAUUCGUAUACGUUUAUUUUGCAGAAAAUGAAAGCUGAAAUUUCAUCCGCAGACACUUCGGCAAACUGCAAAUGCUUGAAUACCAAAACGGCUGUGAAGGUAUUUAUCGGAAUUUCAAACAACCAAUAUCAGAUUAAUAUUUUCAGUCACCGACAGCCGGAAACGCGUCUAAAACGGACCGAACAAACACAUCUGAAGCUCCGCCAAACCGUGAUGCCAAAGGAGUUCGCCAUGAGCACGAUGCGGCUGUUCCAGCAAAGAUUGGUAACAAAUCCUGUUUUCUUCUCAACAACUGGAAAGACGAUGCCUUUUUCAGCGCGACGACAUUCACCAGUGCGACCGAGCUUGAAGAGUAAAGUGCGCAAACCUGAGCAAGACGGAGCCGAGCCGAGAGCUACAGACACGAAAACCGGCGGAACUGAACCAAAGGACGACAACUGA